GAGAAUACAGAUCUGCCUCUGAGAAAUGUGUGUGUGACUAUAGCUCAUCCUUUGAGAGUGUACUCAGCAGCGUCCCUAUUAAUUGUGUCCGUAACUGCAUUAUUUUAAUGCAGGAAGCUGGAGCAGAACUCCAUGAAACAAACUUUUCCCACUGCACCACCAGCGUUAGGCUCGGACACCCCGCCUCUUAUUUUUCGGCGAUGUGUGUUUGGAAGCAGAGCUUAGUUUUUUGGAAGCUGUCCUCAGUUUCGCCCGGUGACCCGUGCUUUACUUCCAGGUCAGUGCCUUCUGCAGGUCUUCGGCACUCUCGACAAUGUAUCCCUUACAGGAGAGGGAAGAGCUGGCGCUUCCCAAGUCCCUCUGGAGGCUCUUCAAAACACUGUUACCAUGGACACAAACUUGACCGGGAGAGGAGUGAGGAGUGUGUUUGUGUGUACACACUGUGUGCGAGGAGAGAGAGGGUAAAGACAGGACUGUGUGUGAGAGAGAGGGGAGGGGGCGUGCAGGUGCAGUUUGCAUGUGCGUCCAAGUGUAACUUUACAGCCUGAUAAAGUAAACUGAAGUUUGGUGCAUAAGCUAUUUUCUGCUAUUAAAAUGACUCUAAACUCCUGAACUUCUUAUUAAAUAAAAAUAAGCGCAGUACACUUCAACGUUGCCACUGACUUUGUCCCGUGCUUACCGCCUGCAGCCGUGCGUGAUUGACUGCCAGCAAUCUGAUCCAGUGAAAGACAUUGACAACCAAUAGGAAGCGGAGUGCGGCUUGUUUCCAUGGGAGGCCCCGGGAGGCGAUGCCAAGCCGCUAGAAAGCAACUCAGUGAGCGGGGAGAAGCGCAGGCAGCAGCCGGGACUGUGGAGAUCCUGCAGCCGCUCUGUGGCACUCGUGCAUGCGGAUGUAAGCGGCGCGAGGUCGCUAGGGUGGCCGGAGAGGAGACUUUGCAGAUUGUUCGUCAGUUAAAGCCACAGCGGUGCAGAAUGGAUGGAUUUCACGACCAGCAAGUGCCUUACUGUAACUCCAAAAAGCUGCAAAAAAAGACAACGAGCUGUGAGAGACCAGCAAAUGACAGAAAGAGAAAAUUCAUUAAGUCCGACCUGGCUCAGGACACUGAAGAGCUCUUCCAGGACCUCAGUCAGCUGCAGGAGACUUGGCUGGCAGAAGCUCAAGUUCCCGACAAUGACGAGCAGUUCGUUCCAGACUUCCAGACUGAAAACUUGGCUUUCCACGGACUGCAGCUGAAGAUCAAGAGAGAGCUGCACAGCCCGUGUUCAGAGCUGAGCUCCAACUGUAGUCAAGAACGGCCCUUCAAACUCCAGUAUGGAGAGAAGUGCCCGUACAACGUCAGUGCCUAUGAGCAGAAGCAGCCUGCAGGAAUGAAGCCCUCUAGCCCAGUGACGCCCCCCUGUAGCACCCCUGUGUCCCCCCUCCAUCAUGCCUCACCCACGGCAGCCCCAACGCCCAAACCAGACAGGACCUACGCUCACAUACCGCCCUCACAGCCGCUCCCUGACAACGCCUACUCUAUGGACCACAGAUUUCGACGUCAGCUCUCAGAGCCGUGCCACUCGUUCCCCUCCCCGCCGACGAUGGCUCGGGACGGCCGGCCCAUCUACCACAGGCAGAUGUCAGAGCCCAACAUCCCCUUCCCUCCUCAAGGCUUCAAGCAGGAGUACCCCGACCCCCUCUUCGAACACCCGGCCAUGAUGGGGGCGCCGCUACCCCACGCAUACCCUGCCACCAUGAUGAUCAAGCAGGAGCCCAGGGACUUCACCUACGACUCAGCAGAAGUGCCUAGCUGCCAUUCUGUCUACUUACGGCAAGACGGCUAUCUGGCUCACACUAACAGGACUGAAGGUUGCAUGUUUGACAAAGUGGCGAGGCAUUUCUACGAUGACACCUGCGUGGUGCCCGAAAAGGUCGAAGGUGACAUUAAGCAGGAGUCAGGCCUGUACCGCGAGGGCCCGUCGUACCAGCGCAGAGGCUCGCUGCAGCUCUGGCAGUUCCUGGUGGCUCUGCUGGACGACCCGUCCAACUCCCACUUCAUCGCCUGGACCGGCCGCGGCAUGGAGUUCAAACUCAUCGAGCCAGAGGAGGUGGCACGUCGGUGGGGGAUACAGAAGAAUCGACCAGCGAUGAAUUACGACAAGCUCAGCCGAUCGUUGCGCUACUACUAUGAGAAGGGAAUCAUGCAAAAGGUGGCCGGUGAGAGAUACGUCUACAAGUUCGUGUGCGACCCUGAGGCCUUGUUCUCCAUGGCGUUUCCUGACAAUCAGCGGCCGGUGCUGAAGACGGACAUGGAGCGGCAAAUCAACGAGGAGGACACGGUGCCACUGUCGCAUUUUGACGAAAACAUGGCCUACGUACAGGAGGGGCCCUACUGCCAGCCACACCCCUACAGCGAGGGCUACGUUUAUUAACGUCAGCCCCGCAACCACACACACACACACACACACACACACACCCUCAAACACACACCUCCACUCGACCCUCCUCCCCCCGCCUCUUCCUCCUCCUUACACCUGAGACUGUCGUGUCCUCUAAUUCACAGUCGCUCCAGGAAUAAGACUGAACACACACAUGCAGUGGAGCUUCCCCCCUCUCUCUCUCUCUCUCUCUCCCUCUCCCUCUUCCUCUCACAUUAAACACACACAUCCUCUUUUUUGCUCUUGUCUUUCUGACGUCCAAGCCGCACAGCAGGAUGGAGAGUGCACUUUAUGGACAGGAACGGCGCGGUGUUAACCUGCCAGGGGCUAGCUAUGUGGUUGGCUUUUUACUGUUUAUGUUUGUACAUUCAUGUGGGAAACAUUCUGUUUGUUUCUUUUUUUAUUAUGAUUUCGAGCAUGUGGCGUCCCCGUGAGACAGGACUCAUCGGCUAAUUCGUGGUCACCCAGCGGACUGAAUCUUAGACU